CAAUUCACUUACGAGCUAUUAGAUAAUUACGCGUAGUGUCGUGAAGCCUUACAAAUUAAGUUCAACACUAUUGUCGUCCUGAAACUUGAUAAUCAACUGACAAAAUACCGUUUACUUACUUUAUCGUGCUAUGUAGAUACUCAUAUCCCAUAUAGUGUACCAACUUAAAUAUAUAGAACCGUAUAGAACACUUACAAGUCAAACGAAUAGGAAAGUUACCGAAUUGUGGUCCUUCCACAGGCAUACGCAGUCAUUACUGACAACGCCGCGGUCAUGUAAGGCUGAAACGUUAACAACAGUUCGUUACUUUUCUUAGUAAAUAGUAGACAAUCCAGCGACUGAUAGAAAAAGCGCGUAAAAAAGCAUUCAUUAUAAAAAGUGCGUUUACGAACAUUCUAUUUUUAAACUAUGCAGUGUUAGUGAUUUUUAUUUAAAAAGGCGUUAUUUCCAAGUAAAGAUGCAGGCAGCUACGUCUAGCAGUGAGCGCACGCCGCUGGUGCAGCCCACCUACAUGUUCGAGUCGAGCCUGACUCGCCGCUACCAGAAGCGCCUGCACCGCACGCAGUGUGCCAUCUGCGUCUUUAUCAUAGCGAUACUGGUCGUAGCACUCCUCGUGACGAUCUCGUACAACUUGAGCCUGGACGACGACGAUGAUGAUGACACGACAGAGCCUAGUGUCCCUGAGGUACCGCUGCCGCCUGGUAACCUCACGCUGCUGGGCUUGUUCCCCGGUAUGAUCCCGCCGGGGAACAUAACCUUCAAAACUAUGCCUUCCACGCUGGCGCCGCUCCUGAAGCAGAAGUGGCCUCUCAAAGAGCGUCCACACGCCACGUGGGCGGGCGGCCACCCCAGCCACGAGGACAUGGCGUCAGCUCUCACAGCGGGGAAGGCUGCGCUACAGGAGCUGACGGAGGUGGAGAGCCAGCGCCGGCCCCUGCAGCCGAACACUCCCGCGCACCGGGCGCAGCGGGCCGCGUCCACCGCGCACUCCGUCAAGCCCAUGGCACAGGCUGCCUAUACCGCUGAAGUUGCGACCAGGGCUUUAAUUAAUGGCACGGACAUAUCCCAGCGAGACGGUGGUUCCGGCCAGGGUCCCAGACUGAACGGCUCAGUUCCCGAACCGGCCUACUGCCUCCAGAGCGCGCCACCCUGCCCCGUAUCCCGGUACCGGACUAUGGACGGCACCUGCAACAAUCUACAGAAUUCCUUGCGUUGGGGUGUAUCUAAGACCCCUUUCCGAAGGGUUUUACCAGCUGAUUACGGUGAUGGUAUCAGCUCUCCGCGUGCCGCAGCAUCAGGCGCGGCCUUGCCGAGCGCGCGUGACGUGAGCGUGACGGUGCACCGCCCCAGCUACGCGCACGACUCCAGCUUCACCGUCAUGCUGGCCGUGUGGGGACAGUUCCUCGACCACGACAUCACCGCCACUGCGCUCAGCAAAGGACAGAACGGCUCGGCACUGUCUUGUUGCGAUCAGUCACAAGUCCCCCACCCGGAAUGCUUCCCGGUCCGGCUGGACCCUGAGGACCCCUUCUACCAGGACUACAACAUCACCUGCAUGGAGUUCGUGCGGUCUGCACCAGCACCCACCUGCCAUUUUGGUCCUCGCCAGCAGCUGAACCAAGCCACAGCCUACAUCGACGGGUCCACAGUGUAUGGAUUCGCGGAGACCAGAGCGGCAAACCUGCGUACUUUCAUAGGCGGCAAGCUGAAGAUGCUGAAGAUCGGUUCCACUGAGCUGCUGCCACCAUCUACUGACCCUGAUGAUAGCUGCAAUACUGCUGAGAUGACUGCUAAAGGACGUUACUGUUUUGAGUCAGGCGACGACCGCGCCAACGAGAACCUGCACCUGACGACGAUGCACCUGCUGUGGGCGCGCCAGCACAACCGCGUGGCGGCGGCGCUGCGCGCGCACAACCCCGCCUGGGGGGACUCCACCCUGUACCACGAGGUGCGCAAGAUCAUCGGAGCGCAGAUGCAGCAUAUCACGUACACUGAGUUCCUGCCCAAUGUGCUGGGUUGGGACGUGAUGUAUGCCCUCAACCUGACCGUGAGUGACUCCGGCUUCGAGGACGUGUAUGACCCCACUGUGGACCCAUCCAUCGCCAACCAUUUUGCAUCGGCUGUCUUCAGAUUUGCACACACCUUGCUACCGGGUCUAAUCCACAGUACAGACACGAUCUCAGGCACGGUCCAGUACAUCCACCUGCAUCAGAUGCUGUUCAACCCUUACACGCUGUACAACAAGAAGGGCCCGAAGGACUCCAUGCGCUCUGCCAUGAACACGCUCGUGCAUGCUGUUGAUCCUCAUGUUACUACUGAGCUUAGCAACCACCUAUUCGAGAAGCCGGUGUCGGCCAACUCGUCGGGGCCAGGCCCGUGCGGGCUGGACCUGGUGUCGCUGAACAUCCAGCGCGGCCGCGACCACGGCCUGCCCGCGUACCCCGUCUGGAGGGAGCACUGCGGACUCAGCAGACCCAAAAACUUCACUGAUUUGAAGACGAUCUUCGAUGCCUCGUCGUAUAGCAGGAUUUGUAAGAUUUAUAAAUCAGUAGAAGACAUAGACCUGUAUACGGGUGCCCUAGCUGAGGCUCCGGGCGGGCGCCUGCUGGGCCCCACACUCACCUGUCUCAUAGCAGACCAGUUCCUGAGGCUGAAGGUAGGGGACAGGUACUGGUACGAGACUUCGGAUCCCAUCGCUGGCUUCACUAUAGAGCAACUAACGGAGAUCCGCAAGACGACCCUGGCGGGCAUCAUCUGCGCCAACGAGCAGCUGCUGGAGCAGGCGCAGCCGCGCGUCAUGGAGGCCGUCAGCGGCGUCAACCCGCUCGUGGACUGCCAGGAGCUGCCGCAGCCCAACCUCACGCCCUGGUACCAUCUCGACAGGGACUAGGAAACUAGGAGGUAGUUUUUACUGCAACUUAAAUGAAUUAAAACUGAAGUAAGCAGAAUAUUAUGUUUCACAUGAGGAAGAAAAUUCUGCUACAGAUAAAUGAAUUUCCUCAUAUGGGGACAAUUAAAAAUUUAUACUCAAUCCAUUAGGUAUUCUUUCAUAUUCAUGUUAGACCAGCUAUAUUCAAUCUUCAGUAACUUAGUUAUCGGCCCACCUGAAGUUUGUAAACAAUUUUUAAUUUUGGCUUGAGGCCCUCGAUGCUGUAAGAUUUUUUUUGUGAGAGCUUUCAAAAACUGAUCAAGUGUGAGAGGAUUCACGACACGGGUCAAGGACAAGGGUUCCAUACAAGUAGGAAUAAGAAAAAAAAUACUUGGCUAAAAAAAUGGCCACGAAUGUCAAAAACUGGAUAUGACGACUGGUGACAGACAGACAGCGGAGCAUCAGUAAUUUAAAACUGUUUACUCGAUUAGGAUCCUUAAAAAAGGUUGAAUUUGGCUGGUUAAGAAAGUCAGCAUCAUCUUCCAAAGCCUUGUCUCGUCAUUAGCUCUCCUUGUCUACUUUUCCAUAGCAAACGACAAUGGAUUCCCUUUGAAUUCCUUGAAUGUCCUUUCCAAAAGUCCUCAGAUUAAGUAGUGAAAAAAAAAUCAAACCAAUGUUAGCCAGUAAGUUUUGUCCUAUUAGAUAAUACUCAAUUAACUGUACAAUAUCUUUAAUAUAGGUAGUUACCCUUUUUACAUAACCAAAGUAUUUGUAUUGAUUUCGAAAAAAGUCACCUUCAUGACAUGUAUUAAAGAAUUACUAGCACAUUAUUUUGCUUACAUUUAUAUAUUUUCAUGAACUUUGUACUAAUAGGUAAGUAAAAUGUUUAUCAUUAGGUGAUCGUCAUUAUGUGCCAUCUGAAGCCUUAUUCUAUGUAGAUGAAUUAGGUAAAACGAAUUACAUUAUAUACUUAUACAUAAAUUAUAUCCUUGGUAUUAAAUGUAGGAAACACACAAUCACAAUAUGAAAAAGCAAGGAAGUAAUAUAAAAACUUAUAUUAGUAAUUAUCAGAGCGCCAUCUUCCUUCCACACCCCCAUUAGUGGGAAAAAGGCCCCAGUUUACUUGUCCUAACAAAGAUUUUCUUGGAAGCAAACUUUAACUCGUUAAGCCCUUGAUUGUGUUGUUAUUUUUUAAACCCAAGUCACAUAUCUGUAAGUAUAAAUAAAUAUUGAUCCGUGAUUUGUAUUCCGAAACGUGAACACAAACAACUUGCACCUUUAAAUCAUUAAGUUGGUAAACAAGUUGAGGGCUGCAUGCGUGAGUAACGUAGGUCCGAGGAAAUAUAGUCUUUGUGAGUCAUGUGUAACUCUAUAGCUUCCUGAUCCGCUGGUAUAACUCUUAGAUUACUGUAACCAAGCAGUCGAAUUCAUAAAAACCUGAUUUACCUCACGUCACUUUAUCAGCCAUUCUAACGAAGUGACAAAUCUACAAUCUUUAACAUCAACGAUCAAAUGUAAGGAUUGGAUGGAUAGACGAUGUAGAAAUGGUUUUUGCCUACAAGGGCAGUUAACUGUUUAAUCCAAAAUUGGUUAACGGAUUAAUCUAAAAUCAUCAUCAUCAUCAUUCUUCAUCUGUCAAAUCUCUCUAAUAGUCUUGAUCAGAUUCUAGUAAAAGCAUAUUUUUUGGAACCUCGUUCAUUGAAAGUUUGUUCACUUUUUGAGCAUGAUUUGCUGAGCAAAACAUACCUAGAUAUUUUUUGUGAUUGUUUGGGUGUAAUCAAUGUUUAGGUGAGGCUAAUAAAUAAAAUAAAACUCCACUUAUGGACCAGUGCAGCAGUGUUUCAAAAUAAGCCAGGCUUGUAUAAUUCGGAAGUGUAUUUUAUUUUAUGUUGUUCCUAAUUUUCUUUUUUAACUAGUUAUAAAAAUCAUUAUUGUAUGAUAUAUAUUUCUGCCAUGUUAACUAACUAUUAGGAUAAGAUGUACCUGUAAGUUUAACCACUUCCCAGUCCUAUUAGUCAUAUCAACAUUGCCAUUGUGACGCUAUUAAGUAUAGGUUAGAAAAUAUUAACAACAAUUUAUACUCAUAGAUUUUGAGAGAAACCAUGUUAGCUUUUAGUAAUUUAUAUAUCGUUUUGUAAUUAUUGAAA